AUGAGUGAGGCGGUUCGAGUUGCUGUUAUUGGAGCUGGUAUCAGUGGAGUGGUCACUGCUGGCCAUCUUCUGGCUGCUGGGAUUCAGGUGACGGUUUUUGAGAGAAACAAUGCAGCCGGCGGAGUUUGGCUUUAUGACAAGCGUACUCCGAUUGAAGCCCAGUAUCCAUCACCCAGACCGUCUGCUUCACAGGAAUACGUGAAAGAUGAGAGGACCGGAAACGAGAGAAAGAUCUUACUUCAUGCACCUCCGGGCCCUUGUUAUGAAAGCCUCACAAAUAAUGUCUCGACUCCCUUACUACAGACGAAACUCAAUGCAUGGCCAGAGGGGACUGCUCAUUUUGUGAAACAUCAUGUGCUCAAGGAUUAUAUCCAAGAUACGUCGAACAAGGCCGGUGUUGAUGAUAUAACCAAGUAUGGCGCCCGAGUCACCCGAGUUUAUAAGGACGGGCCAACAUGGACAGUUCACUGGUGUACUUUGAGCGAAGGUCACGAUUCCGUUGACAAGGAGGAGUCUGCAACAUUUCACUCGGUCAUUGUUGCCUCAGGUCACUACCAUACGCCUCUGGUCCCAAAUAUACGGGGUCUACCCAAAGCAAAAGCUCGAUGGCCCGAGAGGAUCUUCCAUUCAAAGUCUUUUCGAAGAUCAAAAGGAUUUGAAGGGAGGAAUGUACUGUUGCUGGGUGGCGGUGUCUCUUCACUCGAUAUAGCAAAGGAAAUCAGUGGAACCGCAAAUCAUGUGUAUCAAAGCACCCGAAAUGGUGCCUUUGAUCUCCCCGAGAGUGCACUUCCAGAAAACUCGUCAAGAAUUGCCGAGGUCGAAGCAUUCGAAUGUUCAACAUCAACAACAUCGUCAGAUACCGAGCACUUGCCCUUGACCGUACAUCUUAAAACCGGGGAGUCCCUGCAUGAGAUAGAUACAAUUAUUUUUUGCACAGGAUACCAAAUGGCACUUCCAUUCCUCGACGAUUACAACGACUACAGCAUGUCUGCCAUCGAGGCAAAUGACAGAGUGCUUGUCACAGAUGGCACCCAAGUCCACAACUUACAUCAGGAUAUCUUCUACAUCCCAGAUCCCACGCUCGCAUUUGUUGGAAUUCCUUUUUACACUGCAACAUUCUCUUUAUUCGAGUUCCAAGCUAUUGCCGUGACAGCUUUCUUGUCUGGUAUUGCACAGCUUCCAUCUACUACGAGUCUCCGGACGGAAUAUGAGAAUCGUGUUGAGAAGAAGGGGCUUGGACGAAGUUUCCAUUCACUCAAGGACCAAGAGCAAGUUUAUGUCGAUGAAUUGAUUGGAUGGGUUAAUACUGGAAGAAUCGAGCGUGGUUUGCCUUUGAUUGAAGGUCAUACUGAGACCUGGAUUAAAGAGAGAGCGGCUCUGAGCGAGAGACUCAAGUUACUUCUGGCAGGUCAGCUCUCUCGGGAAGAUACGCUCAAACCUCCAUUGGAGGUGGAAGUGACCGCAUGA